AUGAAGAAUUACAUUCUGAAAAUACAAAAUGCGCUUUUCAAGUCGUCACUACAAAAAUCUGCUUCUCCAGUUUAUUCGCGGCGUAUAAAGUCCUUUCAGAUAAAUCCAGGUGAAAGAUGGGUGGUUUGGGGUGACGAAAGAAGUAAGUUCUUGGACAUUUUGGGCAACAAGUACUUAUGUGAUCCACCCCUAUCUUUAGACUUUGGCAGGAAACAAGGAUCUUUGGUUAGAACGGAGUUUGUCAAGUUUGAAGGUGUCAUGCCCACCGCGCAUUUGAGUGCACGGUUUGAGUUCUUUAAAGACGACUACGACGAAACUUGUGAAAAAUUCAUAAGAGAUGAUUCAAUUGGCUCCAAUGCCGUGAGCUACGACGUCAAGAGCACCAACCGUCAAGUGAAUGAGAAUCUAUAUCAAUAUUUGCUGGAUGAGUUGAAACUAAAGGAUUUGGCAAACAGAUGGGCAAUGAGUUUAAGCAAUGGUCAAAUGAGACGAGCAAGACUAGCCCGCAGUCUUUUGAAGGAACCAGAUUUACUUCUUUUUGAUGAUCCAUUUCUAGGACUUGAUCCAACCGCCACAAGUAUUAUAUCGCGAUUCCUAGCAGCGUACGAAAAAAGUCCCGUAGUGAUCGGGUUGAGAAUUCAAGAUCAGAUUCCUUCCUGGUGCACCCACAUUUGUUGCGUGAGCACAGAUGGCGUAAUAUUUCAGGGGAAGCGUGCUGAAUUGACUAGUAAGAUCGAGGACUAUCGUAAUCAGAAUUUGAACCUUUCUGCACACUCUCAAAAGUAUACCAUUGAUGAUUUGCUGUCGUCCCAUCCACUCUACAAAAAGCCCGAGCACGAUAUUAUCAAAAUGGCCGAUGACAUUGAGCUGAAGGGUCUAACUGUUAUGUAUCGCGGUACGCCUGUUUUGAAAGACGUGCACUGGAAAGUCGCUCCGAGCAGCAAAUGGCAUAUAAGAGGCAACAACGGAACUGGGAAAUCGACACUGUUGUCGUUACUCACAGCUGACCACCCGCAAUCUUGGAAUUCUAAACUUGUAGAGGCUGGUAAUCCGAGGAGAACUGGUAAAUCCAAUUAUUUUGACAUCAAUAAGAGAAUUGGACUAAGCUCCCCCGAAUUGCAUGCCAUAUUUGUGAAGAACGCUGGGAAAAAUCUUAGUGUGCUAGAAUCGAUUGCUACCGGAUUUCAUGACAUUUCGAACAAUUUCCUACCGUGUUUUGAUGGAUUAAGCGAUGACCGAAAGAAAACUAUCGAUAUGUUUACAGAGUACUUCGAUCUCGAAGGAAAGAAAUUCGUUGAAUUUAACGCGCUCUCAGUAAGCGAUCAAAAACUAAUACUUUUCAUCAGAAGUUUAGUUAAGAUGCCUCGGGUUUUGAUAUUAGACGAAGCCUUUUCGGGCAUGGAUGUGGCCCCUAUGCUGCGUUGUCAUGACUUACUUAACCACUGGCCUGGUACAGUACUGGUUGUCUCGCACAUAGCCGAAGAAACUCCCUGCUGUGACCACUAUCUGCAUUUAGUUGAGCCCGGAAAGUACGAAGUAGGCGAUAUUGAUGUUGACAACUAA